CCAGCGCUGCUGGAAGCCUUCCUGGUGCGUGCUUGCUGGAGCGAUCCGCCACGCAUCCCGCCGCGGAGAAAUGCCUGCUUCUUAACGCUACAUUGGUGUUAAGAGGUCGAUUUAUUCCUGAUUUUGGGAAGAGGAUUUGUUUGGCAUCCCCAGACGGGACACUGCUUUAGAACCUCGACCGCUUCGCGGGAUCGCAGGAGCUCCAGCCCGCACCGAGGGAUUCUCGGGGGAGAGCCUCCGAUCCCCGGAGCGAAGAGCUCUGAGUAAGACCCCUGGGAAAGGAAUCAUCCUGAAUGGCACACAGGAAUAAUGCCAAGAAAUCCACUGGAUCGAGAAAGAGUGGUGCUGGAAGAGAGGAAGCAUGAGGGAGAAGAGAGGAUGAAAAAGUGUGGUUCUGGAGGGAGGUCUCCUGGGCAGGCAAAUCCUCCCUCCCUGGGGAAGGAGGAACCAGGGGCUGUGGAUUUGUCAGGCAGUCGUAGGGCUCCGGGUCAGGGGAAGGCAACGGAGCCAGGGAAUGCAGCACCAAAACAGGGAGGUGGAGGUUUGGCUGGGACUGGGGAAGCAGCAGGACGUCAUGAGGGCAAAGGAACAGGAAAAGAAGGGAAGAGUGUAGCAGACAGUAGAAGUUCAGCAGAGAGUCUAGCCGCUCACACAGGCAGGCAGAGGGCUCAGCUGCUCACCUCAUCCAGGGAAGCUCUUGUACCUAAUGGCUCAGAGGCAAGGCAGAGAGCCCCUCUUUCUGGGACUGAACUUUCUGCCUGGCAAGAAAUGUUAAUAAAUUGCAGCAGGGAUCCUGAGAAGUUGGCAAAGAGGUUUCAGCUUCUAGUAAAGAAUCAUGACCCAGAGUGGUUGGACAUAGAUGUAUUAUUAGAUGCCUUAGGAAGCAGGACUAAAGAAAUGGUGAUCUCUGCUGCCAGGAAAGAGGUCCAGGCAUUGUUCAUCAGAGGGCAGCUAGAACAAACAGUAGAUGAGAUUUUCCCUCUGACAGAUCCUUCCUGGGACCCAAAGAAUCCAAGUGGUAGAGAAGCUCUGAAGAGAUACCAGGCCUGGGUAACCUAUGGGCUCAAGUAUGGCAUACCUAAGAAGAACGACUUUUCAAGACUCUAUGAGAUUUACCAAGAGCCCAGAGAGUCUCCUUCAGCCUUUUGGGACAGGCUCAAGACUGCUGCACAGAAAUAUGCUGAUCUUGACCCAGAGAACCCAGAAGUUGAACUAUUGCUGUCAACACUUUUCAUGAGGCAGUUAGAACCCAGUAUCAGGCAAGAGUUACAAAAAUCAACAGGAAGUGACAUUUUCAGUUUGCUGUACGAGGCACAGAGGGUUUAUCGUGAGAGGGAGGAAGAUUUCCAGCAGACAGUGAAACAGCUCUUAACUGCAGUAAAGCAGGUCCAGUGGGAAAUGAGAGCUGCAAGGGAAAGGGGGAGAGGGAGAACUGAAUUGCAAAGCAGAGCUUGGUCAGCACUGCCAGCUCCAGCCCGGCGCUUGGCCAGGGACCAGUGUGCCAUCUGCAGGGAGAGAGGACACUGGAAGAGGGAGUGCCCACAGAGGUCUCCGGGUCUCAUUUUGAGAGCAAUUGAGUGGUGAAGCAGUGUCCUGCCUCCAGGCUGGCUGGAGAGGGGCUGCCAGAGUUAACAGAGAGGUUUCUUAACUUCGGUCUCACAGGUUCACAUUCACACAGGUUGCAUCAGGCUGGAAGGGAGCCUCAAAGCUCAUCUUGUCCACAUCCCCUGCUCUCAGCAGGGACACCUCCAGCUAGAGCAAGCUGCCCAGGGCCACAGCAAGUUUGCCCUUCAGUAUCUUCAGAGAUGGGGCCUCAACCACCUCCCUGAGCAGCCUGUUGCAGAGUUGCAGCAGCCUCAUGGUGCAGAACGUAGGUUCCUCACCUCCAAUCUAAAUCUGCUCUGCUCUAAUUCCCAACCAUUGCCCCUGGUCCUGUCCCUGCAGGUCUGGUUAUUGUCACUGCACACUAUGGCAGUUUCUAAGUGCCUUGGAUGUGUGGUGAGGACAUGGAUGUUAAAGUUGUUCCUGUGCCCAAUAUGGGCAAUGGUGGCCCAGAGUGAGCACCAAACCCCCCUGAGACUGCAACUCCCUUUUCACUUUGGAGACAAGAGGUGACUGCUCCACCACUCCAAGGAGACCUGUCAGGCUGUGACUGUGGUCAGGGGGUGGAUUGUGGCAGUGCAACCCCCCCCAGCAAACACAAAAGGUACCAGCAGGGCUUGCUAGGCUGGUGGAGAUCAGCUUGAGGGCCCAGAGUCCUUUUGUUGCAGAAGCUGAGCACAGCAGGACAGCUGGCAGGGUACAAAUGGAGUUCUGCUGUGGAGAGUUCUCUCCACACCGAAGCAGCUGGCAGUCAGAUCAUCUCCUAGAACAGGACCUAUCUAAGGAGUCCUCACCCUGCCUUGGUGUGAGUGUGCCUGGAUGUGUCCUGGUGCCAUGGGGAGAUUUUCUGGGUGAGUGCACACUGGGGUUCAUCUCUCCCUAGAUGGUUUCACUGCUUGUGCAGCAGGAUAUUCCCAACUGACAUCCAAACCUGGGAUUUUAUUGUGUUGGAAGGACACAGGAAGGCUGCAGAGAGACUUUCCAUGAGAGUGUCUGGAGACAGGUCAAGGGGGAAUGGUUUGAAGCUGAGGCAGAGCAGGGUUAGACUGGAGCUGAGGAAGAAGUUCUGCAGUAGGAGGGUGG